AUGGCAACCAUACUUCAGACAAGAUCGCUGGGUGAAGUCCGGGCCAAGACUCAUGACGGUGUGAGUCAGUUUCUGGGCAUUCAGUACGCUACUCUCAAAGACAGAUUCGCAGACGCGGAACUCAUCGAGCAGCGUGAAGGCGGUAUUUUGGAUGCGAGCAAGGACGGUCCAACUGCUUUGUCUCCUUUGUUUGGGUGUGACUUCGAACUUGGCCAUAUUCAACAUAUUCUCCCAAAGAAAGAGCUUCCUCAAUCGGACUUGAAAUGUCUGAACUUGAACAUUACCGUCCCGGCGGGCACAACAGCAGCCUCCAAGCUUCCUGUGUUUCUCUUCAUUCACGGCGGAGGGCUGGUGCUUGGAGCCAACUCCUGGCCACAAUUCGAUUAUGCACGCUUUGUCAGGUUGUCCGUUGAAAAGAACUUUCCUAUAGUGGCGGUCUCUAUGAAUUAUCGUCUCGGUGCAUUCGGCUUCCUUACUUCUAAUGAACUUCGACGGGCUGGGUAUAACGCCAACAAUGGGCUCAGAGAUCAGAAAGUGGCCAUGCGAUGGGUGCAGAAGCACAUUGCAGAUUUUGGUGGAGAUCCUGACAAUGUGACACUCGCGGGAAUGAGCGCUGGAGGAGCGUGUGUAACGUACCACCUCGACUCUGACGAGCAACUCUUUAAACGGGCUAUUGUGAUGAGUGGUACCUGUCUACUCAUCCAACCCUUGCCUUACGAAUUACAUGAGCAGAACUACCAGCAAGCCAUUGCAGCGUUAGGACUGACCAAUGCCAGUUCAGAGGAGAGAAUCAGAGCUCUUCUGGAAACACCAGGUGAUGACUUAGUCGCCAAAAUACCCCCGACCGUUCUAGCAGUUCCUGCGAUUGAUGGGACCAUGGUGACCUCCCCGGUCACCUAUGCGCAAGUGGCUGACAAAAAUUCUGACUUCCCCCGCGGAAAGAAGUGGUGCGAAGAUCUAAUGAUUGGCGACGCUCAGAUGGAUAUCUUGGACAAGUACAACAUCACAAGGGAAAUGACAGACGACGAGGCCUUCCCAGCUAUUCUCAACUACGUAAAUGACAUUGCUUUCUUUGCUCCCGUUCUGACAUUUGCGAAGGGCUGGAAAAACAAUGUAUACGUCUAUCACUUCAACGAAGGGAACCCAUGGGAUGGGCCUUGGAAAGGUCGAGCGAGUCACAUCCUUGACUUGGCCUACCUGUUCCAGAACUUCCGAGAGUUUAUGGCGCCAGAUCAGCAGCAACUUGCAAUUACCUUCGCUGAAGACCUCUUCAAAUUCUGUCAUGGCGUGAAGCCAUGGCCUUCCGUUGCCCAUGAUGAUGUAGAAGCUGGUUUCACGGCACGAGUCUACGGUCCUGCACCCAAUGCAGCGCAAGUGAAUGGGCCAUACUAUGAGGGAAGCUUGAGAAGAAGCGUUCUCUUCGACCACACUGACCAAGCGUCGCUAGAUGAGUUUGCACAAGUACUUGCGUUGUUUAGAACUCUCUAG